CGGUUGGCAAUCGGACAAAAGCCUGUUGCGGCUGGUUUCAGUGCUGGAGAUAAUCUGCUGCUGCUGAGCUGUAACGAAAUCAAGAUGCCUCGAGUGUACAUCGGCAGGUUGAGCUAUCAUGUCCGCGAGAAAGACAUCCAGCGGUUCUUCAGCGGUUACGGAAAGCUGUUGGAGGUGGAUCUGAAGAACGGGUAUGGCUUUGUUGUGUUUGAGGACACCCGUGAUGCUGAUGACGCAGUCUACGAGCUGAACGGAAAAGAGCUGUGUGGAGAGCGGGUCAUGGUGGAGCACGCCAGGGGUCCGCGCCGAGACCGGGACAGCUAUGGAGGGGGUUAUUAUGGUGGUGGAGGAGGAGGAGGAGGAGGAGGUGGUGGAGGUGGAGGAGGAGGCGGAGGCGGAGGACGCAGUGGUUACAGCAGCAGGAGUCGCACCGGAAGGGACAAGUAUGGCCCUCCUGUUCGCACCGAGUACCGCCUCAUCGUGGAGAAUCUGUCGAGUCGCUGCAGUUGGCAAGACCUUAAGGAUUUCAUGCGACAGGCAGGUGAGGUGACCUACGCAGAUGCCCAUAAGGAGCGUGCCAACGAGGGUGUGAUUGAGUUCCGCUCUUACUCCGACAUGCGGAGAGCCGUGGAGAAACUGGACGGAACAGACAUAAAUGGGAGGAAAAUUCGUCUGGUUGAAGACAAGCAGCGGAGGCGUCGCUCCUACUCCGGCAGCCGUUCUCGUUCUCGUAGCCGGCGUCGUUCUCGUAGUAGGAGUCGCCGUAGCAGCCGCUCUCGGAGCAACUCAAGAUCUCGCUCAAGGUCUCGUUCUCGCCGGCACCGCUCCCGUUCCAGGUCUCGCUCCAAGUCUCCAUCAAGCAAGUCUCGUUCGCGCAAUCGUAAAUCUCGUUCUCGCUCCCGCACACAAAAAUCUCGCAGCCGAUCAACCAGUCGCAAGUCCCGCUCCCGCUCGGAUGAGCGCAAGUCCCGCUCUAAGAGCACUUCCAAAGUGAAGUCGGACCGUGGGCGCUCCAAGGAGAAAUCGGUCACCAGGAAAUCCAGAAGUAGAUCUGCUUCACCGAUGGAGAAUGGCGAUGGGGGUCAUGCCAAGUCUGCUUCUCGCUCUCCGUCACCUCAGGCUGAGAAGAGCCAGUAUAAGUCUCCAGACAGGCAUUCUCGUUCUCGCUCGAAGUCUGCCUCACGUUCUAAAUCCCGUUCCCGUUCCAGAUCUGCGUCCCAAGAUUAGUAUUAAGUGUGGUCGGAUUUUUUUUCUUUCUUUUUUUUUUCCUCUCCUUUUGUUUUCCUCCAGCUCCUUCAUCAAUCCAGUUGUCCAGGAUAGUUUUCUAAUGCUCAUGACGGGUUCAGGUCCAAGGCGUUUCAUUUGUUUUAUUUUACUCUUCUAUAGUAAAAGUGAAUCACCGCUUCGAUAUUUUAUAUUCAUAACAAAAGCAUGAAAAUAAGUGAUUUGAUUUAGUGUGCUGCAUGUCAGUCCUUUUUAUAAUCCAUGGUCCUCUGUGCUGUGUGGCUAGAAGAGGCUUCUUGGCAAGGAAACGAAAAGUCACUGCGUCUUGUGGCUUGUAAAGCUAUUAUCUGAGAAAUCUAGGCUUCCGUUUCAUGUAAUAGUUCAUCGAAAACUGUCUGAUUUUGUUUUAUUAAAAACCAGUCUAUUUA